AUGAAGUCCCGCGGGCUCCUCCACAGCGCGAGUCAGCAGUUGACGCCGCGUAUUCCGGGAGUCGGCGGCCUGAUCUCGAGCACCGCCUCUCUUUCUAGCACGGGGCAGCAAACACCGCAGCCGCUACCACCGCGGCUGCAGCCCACGAACGCAGCCGCUGCAAGAGAAAAACUGCAGCAAACCGGCUCCACCCUGUCCCGCCAGCUCUUUCUCACCGUCGGAGCCACAGCAAGUAGUACGGCGGGUGCGCCCACUCCGAU